CGAGCGAGAGAGGAAAAGGCGCGCGGGGUGUGUGUGUGUGUGGAGGCUGCAGGGAGGAGGAGCAGAAUCUGGGAGCGAAGGAGCAGACGCGCGCAACGAGCCCGCCCCAGCUUCUCCUGCACACAGGCACCCGGGUUAGGGCUGCUUGCCUUUUGGGAGCGCUCCAAUGCCUGGACCUACCCAAACGCUGUCCCCAAAUGGAGAGAACAACAACGACAUCAUCCAGGAUAACGGCACCACCAUCAUCCCUUUCAGGAAGCACACAGUGCGCGGGGAGCGUUCCUACAGUUGGGGAAUGGCGGUCAACGUGUAUUCUACCUCUAUAACCCAGGAGACUAUGAGCAGGCAUGACAUCAUUGCAUGGGUGAACGACAUAGUAGCUUUAAACUAUACAAAAGUUGAACAGCUGUGUUCAGGAGCAGCUUACUGCCAGUUCAUGGAUAUGUUGUUUCCUGGGUGUAUUAGUUUGAAGAAAGUAAAAUUUCAAGCUAAACUGGAACAUGAGUACAUUCAUAACUUCAAACUUCUACAAGCGUCAUUUAAAAGAAUGAAUGUGGAUAAGGUUAUUCCAGUGGAGAAAUUAGUAAAAGGGCGCUUCCAAGACAACUUGGACUUCAUACAGUGGUUUAAGAAAUUCUUUGAUGCUAAUUAUGAUGGGAAGGAGUAUGAUCCAGUGGAGGCCCGGCAAGGCCAAGAUGCCAUUCCACCACCUGAUCCUGGUGAACAGAUCUUUAAUUUGCCCAAAAAAUCUCAUCAUGCAAACUCUCCAACAGCAGGUGCUGCAAAAUCUAGUCCUGCUUCAAAACCAGGCUCUACUCCAUCUCGUCCAUCAUCAGCAAAAAAAACCCCACCAAGCACCUCAGCAUCUAAAUCUGAUAAAGAUUUGGAGACACAAGUUAUACAGCUAAGUGAACAGGUACAUUCAUUAAAACUUGCACUUGAAGGUGUGGAGAAGGAAAGGGAUUUCUAUUUUGGGAAAUUAAGGGAGAUUGAGCUUCUCUGUCAAGAACAUGGGCAGGAAAACAAUGACCUUGUGCAGCGACUAAUGGAAGUUCUGUAUGCUUCAGAAGAACAUGAAAGCCACACAGAAGAGCCUGAAGGCGAGGAACAAGUUCACGAACAGCCCCAGCAGCAGGAAGAGUACUGAUUAUCCGGCACAUUUGCUACUUUUAAUUUUAUGUGGGAACUUUCUUCUGAAGAAUGGAACAUGUGUGGCCUCAGACUUGAAACCAAUCACUCUCAAUCUGCCAUUAACAUAAGUGUAUCAUAGUGAGUGUCAGCCAGCCGCUGCAUUCUGUGCCCAUCCUUUGCCAAGACGUGUUUGCAGAAGUCCUCUGUCAAGGUAUGCACCUGCCGAGAUCUCCAGGCUUUGGUUCCAGUUGCUACCACCACAACUUCACCAUUUGGCUGUUUGAGAUUUGUUCAACUUUUUUUAAAA